UAUCACCAAGCACUGAUACUCAAAGCACCACUUUCCACUGAUCUAAGUUAUUGAAAUCAACCAUGGAUACUUGCAAGAAGUCCCCCCUGAAGCCAUGGAAGAAAGGGCCAACCAGAGGGAAAGGUGGUCCACAAAAUGCCUCGUGCGAGUACCGAGGUGUUCGACAGAGAACAUGGGGCAAAUGGGUUGCUGAGAUAAGAGAGCCAAAGAAGAGAAGCAGACUCUGGCUUGGUUCUUUUUCCACAGCUGAAGAAGCUGCCAUGGCUUAUGAUGAAGCUGCAAGGAGACUCUAUGGACCAGAUGCAUACCUUAAUCUUCCACACCUGCAGCCAAGGCCUACUUCAUCUAUUACACCAGGAAAGUUCAAAUGGUUCCCUUCCAAGAACUUCAUUUCUAUGUUCCCUUCCUGUGGAUUACUCAAUGUUAGUGCUCAACCCAGUGUUCAUUUAAUCCAUCAGAGGCUACAAGAGCUUAAGCACCAAAAUUCAGCUGAGAGGCAUUCCCCAAAUAGUUCAUGCAAUGAUCCAGAGGCAGAAACUCAGAAUGUAGACAACACUGACAAUGCAGAAAGCACUCCAAAAGACUCUCAAACAUCAUCCGAGGAUGUUCCGGGAGAUCUUCAAGAGAAACCCCAGAUAGACUUACAUGAGUUUCUUCAACAGCUGGGAAUACUUAAAGAAGAAACACAGUCAGCAAGAGCUGAUAGCACAGAAAGUUCAACAACAGUUCCUGAAGCUGUGUUGAGAUAUGAAAACGAUGAAUUGGGAGUGUUUUCUGACACGAGUGUUAACUGGGAAGCGUUGAUUGAGAUGCAUGGAAUUGCAGGUCUUCAGGAAUUAGAAUCCACCCAGCUUGAAGCAUAUGGCACAAAUGAUGACUUUACUUUCUCAACUUCCAUUUGGAACUUCUAAGUAACUUGUUUUUCUUUUCAAAUGGGUACUUAGAAUAUCAGAUUAAGCACUCUAAUCCUGUUCAUGGCAGCAUGUAAGAGUAGGAAAGUGUAGGUAGAUUAGUAGACUAGCAAGUAGAAAAGAAGUUUCAUCAUUCUGCAAGUUGAGAAAGUAAGGAUUUGUAAUGCAGUUGCAGAUUCAAUAAUCGGUAUAGCAUCUAGUGCGAGUGUUACGGAUUGCAGAAUUAAAAAAGAAGCUCAUCCCUAGCCAACAAUCUGAAACAUCAAAUUUGGAAUGUCACGAAUUUCUUGAGAAGAAGCUGUUAGGAA